GACCCGUAUUCGCCAGAAAAGUUCAAUGACAACAUCAAGAUGGCGAUAGGCUACGUAGACCUCAUCUCCAGGCUUGCGCAGAGCACAAUAGACGGAAUAGAACAAGUAUUCCACGCAUCCCCGGAAUCAAACCAUCUUGAGGUGUCGAAGAAUCUGGAGAUGCUCCGUCAAUACAUCGAAGGGCUCACUGUUCACCUCGCCUCAUCUGGAGUUGGUGCGCUCCCUAUUAUCACAUUUCCUGGAGACGGAUCUGCUCCAACGAUACCAAGCGAAGCGACCUUACUAGAGGAGACGUCAAAGGCUGUUAAUGUUCUUUACGCACGCCAGAAGCAGAUCCAGGAGAAUAGCGGAACCGUUGCAAGCCUUCUGUCUGCUCCCGAGAGUUCUCGUCGUUGAACGUCUUUCGGUAUAUUGGACACCGUUUCCUUCUGGCUUUGUUUGACCUUGUUUGUUGUGUGGAUAUCUAACUUUGGAACGGAAUAAUGGAGUACAUCGUUGGCUAUGAUUACGAUAACUUCCAUAUCCGCUCAAUGUUAGCGUGUUCCAGGCUAUACAGUGGUCUUCAUGGAGUCAAGAUGGACAAAACGUCCAAGCUUGGUCGUUAUUAGAAUUCAGCACAAUCUUGGAAUAACGACUGGAAUUGGAACUUGUACCAUACUCAACUACAAAGCACUUGUCAGUUCUAGUAUGUACCGAUAUUG